UACUUAGAGUCGUCGGCGCGGCGGUGGGAAAGCAGAGCCGAGCCGGGACUGUCCAGUGGGAGCAGGCGCCCCGGCCAGCGCAGACCUGGAGGCGCACGGGCGCCGCACCGCACGGUUCGGCGCGGGGUAGAGCGGAGCCGCAGCCCCACGCGCAGCCCAGGACCCACUCGCCACCGCCGCUUCCUCAGCACCCAUGGGGACCAGGAGACUUUAAAGGAGUUUGGGGUUUCGGGAGCAGGGAAAUCACGGAUCCCCGCUCCUGGCCCUCGCCUCGCCACCUCAUUGAUGGGCAACCAACUGGACCGCAUCACCCACCUCAACUACAGCGAGUUGCCCACAGGGGACCCGUCGGGGAUUGAAAAGGACGAACUGCGGGUCGGGGUUGCCUACUUCUUCUCGGAUGAUGAGGAAGACCUGGACGAACGCGGGCAGCCCGACAAGUUUGGCGUGAAGGCUCCCCCGGGUUGCACCCCCUGCCCGGAGAGCCCCAGCCGCCACCACCACCACCUGCUGCACCAGCUGGUCCUCAACGAGACUCAGUUUUCCGCCUUUCGGGGCCAGGAAUGCAUCUUUUCCAAAGUGAGCGGUGGCCCUCAGGGCGCCGACCUGAGCGUCUACGCGGUCACCGCGCUGCCAGCGCUCUGCGAACCCGGCGACCUGCUGGAGCUGCUGUGGCUGCAGCCCGCGCCCGAGCCGCCCGCGCCCGCCCCGCACUGGGCCGUCUACGUGGGCGGCGGGCAGAUCAUCCACCUGCACCAAGGCGAGAUCCGCCAGGACAGCCUGUAUGAGGCGGGCGCGGCCAACGUGGGCCGGGUGGUGAAUAGCUGGUACCGCUACCGCCCGCUGGUGGCCGAGCUGGUGGUGCAGAACGCCUGCGGCCACCUGGGCCUCAAGAGCGAGGAGAUCUGCUGGACGAACUCGGAGAGCUUCGCCGCCUGGUGCCGCUUUGGCAAGCGGGAGUUCAAGGCGGGAGGGGAGGUGCCGGCUGGCACACAGCCCCCGCAGCAGCAGUACUAUCUCAAGGUGCACCUGGGAGAGAACAAGGUCCACACCGCCAGGUUUCACAGCCUGGAAGACCUCAUCCGCGAGAAGCGCCGCAUCGACGCCAGCGGCCGCCUGCGAGUGCUCCAGGAGCUCGCCGACUUUGUGGACGACAAGGAGUAGCCGCCUAGGGGCUGCCGGCCCCUCUGCCUCCCCGCACCUCGCUCCCUUCCCUUCCCCGCACCCGGACUUCACAGUCGGUGGUUCUCAACCCCUGCCACCCACGCGCGUCCGCCGCCGGUGGCUCGGGCCCGAGCUGCACCCCCGCACCCCCAGGCCGGCGGCUGGAAGUCUCAGGAACUGCCCCAGGGCCGAAAGGGCGCCGCUGCGCGCGCCUGGCUGACAGCCACGGUGGUGGUGACGGUGCUGGGAGACCCCGCGUGCGCUUUCCCCUUGAGAUGUAAACCGGGAACGGGGAAAGGGGCAGAGGGGAGAAAGGACAUGGCCUUCCUCGCGAGUCCAUGGCCAGUGACUGUGGCCCGACUCGAAAACAACCCUCUUCUCAAAAGGGACCAUCACCGCCCCGAGCGUGCGCACACGGACCGGUCGGAGGCGAGAACUGGUCUUUACAGGGCACAGUUCAGCUCCUCUGUGGAUGCGUCCCCAGAUCGCAGGAUUUCCAAGAAAUCGAGCCUGUCCCUUGUGCACUUGGGAAUAAUUCCCCAAGACAGCACUUCGGGAUUCCGGGUUAUCCUGAGGCUGCCCGGGACUUUUCCAGCUCUCCAGCCCCAGGUCUCCUGACAUUGUGUUCCAGGCUGCGGGCUAAGCCAGACAGUGUUUGCCUCCCGUUCUUCCCACCGUGGGAAGCGAACGCCACCCCCACCCGCCUUUGCCUGCGAGUCUCCCUCGCUGGCCGAAGGGAAGCCGGCUCGGUCCCGGGAGGAAAAUGGCGCAGCGAAUUCGGUGAGGACAGCCGGCCCCGCCCCCGACAAGGAGCUCGCUCGUUCACCUGGUGUCUGGGAACUUGAAUGUAUAAAGGGCGCUUAUUGUUCUGAACCCUUGAUUGCUCCCUCCUCGGGCUGCAUUUCAAAAAUAGUCAUAUUUUUAAAGGAGUUGGAGGAGAGGGAGGGGGAGGACAUGGCACCAUUUCAGAAACCAGCAUUGUUAUAACACCAUAGCCAGUAUAUUUAGUUUGGCUUUUCCUAACAUAGAAAUCUUCAAAGGUGGGGAAGUGGAAAUAAAGUUUUAAAAAUGAGAGAGCAGUUUUCCAACUAUGUCAACAAAGCCUAUCGUGUUGAUGUUUUUAUUGACCAUUUUAGCAACAUGCUAAUAAAAUUUCAAAUUGAAAUUUUUAUUUUCAUGGCUUUAAUCCAUGAUAGUUUAAAUACUGGGGGCCAUUAAGAGUGGAUGUAGCUAAGAGCUUAGCUAACAUUGCCUUUUCACUCUAUUUUUCUCAAAUAUUAUAAGAAUUCUGUUUUUGAAUAUUGUAGUUAAUUUUUUGGCUUUCAACAGCAGCCCUAGUAAUGGUGGAGUCGUUCAUUAAUGUGUAUAUUGUACUGAAUUUCUGUCAGUUAAGGGGUUCACUGCUUUGGUGGAAAUUGGUGGAAAUUGCUAGCAGGUUCCAUGAUGUUAUUUUUUUCUCCAUGUUGCAUGUCAUUACCAUUUCACAUUUGCAUUUCUAUUUUUCUUCCUCUCCUCCUGAUCUCCUUAAAAAUGAAUCUAGAGUUGGUGGCUUUUUCCCCCUCCUCUUUAGCCAGUGCCACAGUUCAGUUCUUCCUGAAAACAGGGAUGAACUUGUAGCAUCAGGACAAAUGUGUGUUUUUCAAAAACUUAAGGCUGGGUGUAAAACCCCUUCUGUGGACAAGGAUUUGUAAACUUCUCUCCUCCCUCCAGCUGCGGCCCCAGCCCAACUGAUAGUUACUUGAUUCAGUGUGCUAGACACUUAUAGCAUCUAUGUCUCUUUCAAGGGAAUUUAUCAAAUAAUGCUGUUUAGCUAAUUGUUGCAAGCAAUUGCAUAUUAACAGCUGUGAUUUCGUUGGACAGCAAGUAUUAUGGCCAAAGCCAGUUUCUUGGCAUUUCAAAAAUAAUGCAAUAAAAACUAGUUGAGGUUAGCUGAGACUGGAAAUGCCUUUUUCAUGGUAAAUGAUUCACUUCUAUAUUUUUCUUUCUUUUUCUUUUUUUUUUCUUUGGUUUUCAUCCUGGAUUCAUCCCCUGAUCUUAAAUCAAAAGGUCAGAUCAAUGAACUAUGAACUAAAGUAUUUUUCUUAAGCCUAUUGAGUGAUUUAUUUUUUAAAAAAUGUUUAAAUGCAUAUGCUUUUCUUUCAGCACAAACAACAGCAAAAACUUUUGUAAUAACUAACUUACCUUUGCAUGUAUGAAGAACUGAAAGUCAUUUAUUUCCCUAACUUAUUCCUCUUUCAAGUAACAGGUGGCAGAUCAUAAAAUGAAUUCUUUAUUGUAUCUACACACUCCACAGUCUUUACUGUGUCCUACUACUGUAUCUUGGCUCCCUGCUGUAUUAAACACCAUCUUA